AUGGAAAUUACUAAUAACAAUGAAGAAGAGAGACGAAUGAGGGAUCUAUACAAGGCAGCACAAGAAGGCCGUGUUUCAACUUUGAACACACUACUCCAGCAAGACCCAUUGAUCUUGCACAGACUUAGUUCCCAAACAACCUUCUUUGAAACUCCUUUACACGUAUCAACUUUACUUGGCCAUCUCGAGUUUACCAGAACCCUUCUUGCUCGCUGCCCCAAACUCGCCCUUGAGUCGGACUCAUCUCAACGCACGCCUCUUCACUUGGCUUCCGCACGAGGCCACAUGCACACUGUGAAGGAACUGUUGCAAGCCGGGGGAGAGGCAUGUUUGGUUCAUGACCAAGAACACAGAAUCCCGCUGCACCAUGCAGUUAUGAGAGGCAGAAGAGACGUUGUGUUGGAGCUGAUUACAGCAUCGCCAGAGUCUUUGAGGUUACAUGAUGACAAGGGGAAAACUAUUUUCCACUUGUGUGUGAUGUACAACCGGUUGGAUAUCUUGAAAGAUCUGGUGAAAUUGGAUACUGAUGGCACCCACGAGCUGCUCAUUAAGGGAGACUUGGAUGGCAAAAAUACCGUUCUCCAUUUGGCUAUCAUGUUGAAGCAAGUUGAGACUGUGAGUUACCUCAUUUCAAUUCAAACAAUAAUAUCAGAAGCAUUGAACUUGAAGAACGACAUGGGUUAUACUGCGACGGAUAUUGUUGAGCGAAGUCCCAAGGACUCCAAGAGCCUUGAAAUACAAGUCAUAUUGAUGGACCGUGGAAUCAAAAGCCGAAGAAAAGAAAGGAUUGAUGGUGUUGCGAGCCAAGAGGAGAGAUGUAGGAAAGAGAAGUGGUCGUGGAGAUAUGUUUUGGAAACUAUAGACCAAUGGCUUGUGUAUAAUGGGGAUUGGCUAGAAGACAUGAGGGGGAAUCUCAGCACGGUGGCUACUGUCAUCUCAACCAUGACCUUUCAAACUGUACUUAGCCCUCGAGGAAUAAGACCGAACGAUCCCCUUGGCUGCUUGCCGUACAAAGAUGAGUCUGAGCAUGAUAAAGGCUCUUCGGGACAAUGUCCCGGGGAGGCCAUGCUUGCUUAUCGUCAAACACAUGUCUUUAGCCUCUUCAUAAUGUACAAUACCAUCUCUUUUGUGACAUCUCUGUGUGUUGCCCUCUUGCUUGUGAGUGGGGUUCCUCUCAAACAUAGAUUUGUGAUGUGGCUGCUAUCUAUAGGCAUGGGUAUAAGUAUCACGUACCUCACAAAUGCUUAUGCUGUUGGCCUCGUCCUUAUCACCCCGGACGUUCAUGAUAUCGAUCAAGUGAUGACCAUAUCCUCUUGGAUUUUUAAUGCUUUGCGUGCACUGACCGUUGUAUACAGCAUGGUGAUAUUUGUUAUAUGGGUAGUGAAGAAACUGAAGGCAAAGGCAGGCAAACAACUUUCGCAAGUAGUCCAGUGA